AGAGGAUGUCCUAAUGGCCAAAAAACACAUGAGAAGGUUCUCAGUUCACCAGACUUCGGCCUAAUGCAAAUUAAAAUCACCACGUAAUAUCCUUACUCACCCAGCACAACGGCUAAAAUGGCUAAACAGGACACACCACGGACUCGCGAGAAUGAGUGGUGGGUAUCGCGAGACUGACGAGUGGGCGGUGCAAAUGGUUGAGGCGUCCACUCGCCAUUUUGUGUGAGGGACGCUGACACUACGCAUUGCUGGCCUGGCCUCGCCUCUACCCACUGCAGCCCUGGCCGCUACCAACAUGAGCUUCCUGGAGAGUCCUCGCAGCCCCCGUACUCUCGACCGUGUCGCGGAAGACCCGCACCAGGGCCAGCGGUCCGGAGACGAGAGUGAGGCGAAGCAGCUAAUGGCGGAGACACUGGAGAGCCGCUUGGAGCCAAUUUUGCUCCCACCGCCAUGGCUUCCAGAGGAGGGGGUCGUGCCCCAGGAUCCCACAGAUUGUGGCGAUACUCUCCACGUGUUAGUCGAUGGGGGUCGGGGUCAUGGAGCCAUCAACGCGGGGCAGGAAGUGACUCCACUGCCCGCGGAGGACCGGGAAACAGCCUCUGCCUCCGCGGCAACCAACGGCAGCCUCAGAAAUGGCUUUCCGGGUGAAGAGAGGCGCCGCCCAGGCGGGGAGAAGCCUCCAGAAACCUGUGGCACAGGGAGGUCGGAGUCUGAAGUGAUUGCAGUGGGGAGGCCCGAGGACCUGAAGCCUGAAGAGUGUGCCAUGCUCUCAGCCCCAGUGGAUGAGAAGCCCGGAGGCACAGAAACGGACAUGGCGGAAGGAAACAGCGCGACAGAUGAGGUAAACAUGGAGGCAGGGCCUGGGCCCCUCAACAUGGAUCUCCACCUGAACCCCCUGGAGGCCAUCCACCUGGAACUGGACUCCGUGAAUGCCGAGGCUGACAGGGCCCUCCUGCAGGUGGAGCGCAGGUUUGGGCCGAUACACGAAUACUACCUGGAGCGGAGGAAUGACAUGAUUCGCAAUAUCCCGGGCUUCUGGGUCACUGCCUUCCGCAACCACCCACAGCUGUCUGCCAUGAUUAGAGGCCAAGAUGCAGAGAUGUUAAGCUACUUAACCGACCUGGAAGUGAAGGAGCUCAGACACCCUAGGACAGGGUGCAAGUUUAAGUUCCUCUUUCGAAGAAACCCUUACUUCAGAAACAAGCUGAUUGUCAAGGCGUAUGAGGUCAUAUCCUACGGCCAAGUGGUGUCUUUUUCCACUCUAGUUAUGUGGCGCCGGGGCCAUGGACCCCAGUCCUUCAUUCAUAGGAACCGACAUGUCAUCUGCACCUUCUUCACUUGGUUUUCAGACCACUGCCUUCCAGAGUCUGACAGGAUUGCUCACAUUAUUAAAGAGGACAUCUGGCCGAAUCCACUGCAGUACUACCUGUUGCGUGAAGGCGCCCAUAGAGCUAGACGUCGCCUGGUAAGGGAGCCAGUGGAGAUCCCGAGGCCCUUUGGGUUCCAGUCUGGUUAACCUUGGCCUUUGGAACUGCUCCCGCAGAAGGUCUCCUGCCACCACCUGCUGGACCUGUGCUUGGGCAACAGUAUUAGGUAUGUCCUUUCCUCUUUUUGUUCUGACUUUUCUGUAUUCUCUGUUUAAACUUUCCGUUCUCUCACGCUCAAGAUUGAGACCUUGGUGGCUAUGCUGCUCCCCUUUCACCUGGUCUAGCUGUUCUGCAUUAACAUCACAGGCUCCCAGCCGAUAAGUCACAUCCUUCUAAGUGAAUGAUGCUGUAGACUGCACUGUCUUUACCUUUGUUUGGACUCUGUUUGUUCCCGGGACAUCUGGUCUGGCUCCUCCUACCUGGAUUUCUAGCUGUGUCUAAGAACCUAUUCUGCUCACCCUGUUCUGCAUCUGACAGUACAGGCGGCCUGUGGACAGCUGCUAGGCAUUGAUGAAGUCAAGGAACAGCAGGGGACAGCUUGGUAUGCGUGAAUUAUGGGACUCUCCAUUAAUUUUCCUGAGACUCUGGUCACUGAUUGCUGCCUGCUACUGGCUAUGCCCACCACCUUGGGCAGCUCCCUGCUGAGUGAACAUAUUCCAGACCAUUGCCAACUCCACUCUCUGGUUUCUAAUAAACAGGGAUCUCCAGAACACUGGUGGUAGAUACAGGUUUCCUGUCAACACACAGAAGACCAGUUCCUCUACCAAAAGAUCUCUGAAUUCUUCACCACCAUCACUCUCGUCACCCAGAAAUCCUGUCAAACAAGUGGUUGAGGGGACAUGAUAGACCCUAUCCUCAUGGCAAGGGUAAUAUCUUGAGAAGUACCAAGCUUUCUCAGCCACCCAUCAGUGGCUUCAUUAAAAUCUAGGUACCUUUAUUUGCCUCCCUUCCUGUACCUAAUGAAGUGCCAGAGUGGGUGUACACUUUCUUUUCUCUCAUCUAUCUCUUCUGUCUUCCUUUUUUUUUUUUUAAGUGGUAAUUAUGAAAUAUCCGCAGAAGCAGGCCUUUUAGUUUCUUGGCUCUUCUUGUCAUAUCCAGGGGCAGGCUCUUCUGUAAAAUACACUGCCAGAACUCUUAUUGCCCACUCUUUUCAGCCCCUCACCCCUCUUUAGCAAUUCCUAGAGGGUUUAAAGGAAUACAGAGCUGGAUGGAAUGAAAGGUGAUUUCUAGUUGAGAGUGGGUGGAAGAACUAAAGAGAUUGUGAUGGGUGCUUUAAGCAUGGAAAACUGAACAAAAAGGCAGAGGUGAGGCAGAAAUGAUUCAGGGGAAAAUUGGGCCUAGAAUGAACACUGGGUUGACUUGAGAUCCUGUGAGGAAAGGGAACUAACUUACUGUUAGUUAUGAUGGGAAGAGAAGUACUUUUUUUUUUUUAGUAUUGGGAUAGAAGAAUAGAAGAUGGAGUGUUAAUUUAUGUUGCCUAGAGAAGGGUUCUUUGAAUAAACACUGCAAUUUUGGGUAUUUUCUUUCUUGUUUGCAUGUGGCCUUAUUUAUGUAGAAGAUUAAUACUGUGUUGUAACACUUUCUCUGUUUCUGUUUACUGGGAAGAUUCAGCUGUACAGAGUUACUUUCAAUUUGGAACAUUUGGAAUAAUAUCGGUCUUUCUUUUUUGUACAUUAUAGAGACUUAAUGUGGAUAUUCAUGACCGUUUUCAGCCUGGUCUUGUUUCUGUUAAAACCAUAUCUUUAACAUUUUAAUUUGAAUAACCUGGUCUUAUCUGAUGCAGAAGACUGGAAACUGUUGUGUUCAUAGUUAAAUAAAUUACAAAAAAUU